AUGCUCUCUGAAGAGCCCAAAGCGAGCAAUGGUGCUGCUAUUGCCCAAAGGCGGGCGGAUAAUAUCGAAAGGUCGUUUCACAAAAUUGGUGAAUUCGUCAAAAAUUUCAAUUCGGAGAGAGAUUCAGGACAGGUUUUGGUGAGGUUGGCUCGGUUGGAACAACUUUUUGUCGAAUAUCGAGAAGUAGUUUUGGAGUUACAGCUUCUAUCUAAAUCAGAGGAAGACUAUGAUAACUUACUCGAUGAAAUGGAGGAGCAGUACUUCGUUUACAAAUCCAUACUAACUACAUAUUCACCAACACAAGCAGGGCUGAGCACGAUAAAAGGGAAAGAAGCAUCUUUUAACCACAUGAAAUACCCGGAUCUCAAGUUACCUGAUUAUGGCGGUAAGCUUGAAGAUUGGCAAUCUUUUCACGAUUCAUUCCAUACUGCGGUUCACUCAAGUAGUGAAUUGAACGAAAUUCAAAAAUUUCAAUAUUUGAAAGGUUGUUUGAGGGGUGAUGCCCUCCGAGUGAUUGAUUCAAUUGCAGUUUCCUCGGAAAAUUAUUCCUUAGCUUGGAAAAUUCUGAACAGUCGUUACGACAACAAGAGAAUGCUAAUAAAGUGUCACUUGAAAGCACUGUUUGACACACCCGCGAUUCGUCGGGAGUCUCCCGAGUCCUUGCUUAGUUUAGUUGAUAGCUUCGAACGCAACGUCUCAAUUCUCAAGCGUCUUGGUGAACCGGCCGAUCGUUGGAGCUCAAUUCUCGUCUAUCAUUUGAGCCUCCGAUUAGACAAUCAUACCCUACGUGAAUGGGAACAUUUCUCAUCAAGAGAUAGAGGAAACUCGGACAACGCACCGAAUGAUGGGAUGCCAUCAUAUGUCGAUAUGAUCAAAUUUUUACAAGAUCACGCCCGCGUGCUCCAAUCACUUUCUCCACAAUUCAACGUUCAUCAUCAAUCUCGAUUUGUGGAAACAAAUCCUAAGCCUAAGAAAACAACUCUCCACGUAGCAGAAACAACAUCGUCAACCCAUCACAGGUGUCAGUGCUGUGAUCAAGCUCAUUUUCUCGGGAACUGCAGUAAAUUCAUUAAACUAUCGCCUCAGCAACGUUUAGAUCUCGUGAAAAUGCAUCGUCUGUGCUUAAAUUGUUUGAAAACAACAGCACAUAGUUGCCAAAAUUGUCCAUCAGCAACCUGUCGAAAGUGCAACCGCAAACAUAACACACUGCUCCAUUUACCGCCGCUUGUACCUGUAGUAGAUCAACUGAUUACACCAAAUAAUUAUCGAAAAAAUCAAUCGUUUCAAAUUCCAACCAGCCAAACCGAACCUGGUCCUUCUCGAUUAUCGCACUCAUCGCCAUUAAACACUCUCACCUUUCGCGCUGAUCAAAUUCCGUCAGCUCAUCUCGCAAAUUCAUCGUCAGAUUUGGAACCUACCUCAAACCCACCUGAUGCGUUAACAACACACGUGGAAUCCCACAACAAAACAGUUCUUUUAUGGACAGCUUUAGUCGACUUCAAAAAUCAGAACGGAACGCGUUUUCAAGCGCGAAUACUUCUCGACAGUGGAUCGCAGUGCAAUUUUAUAACAGAAGCAUUGCGGUACAAACUCAAUCUCGAUCGUAUUCACACAACCACAGACGUGGCAGGAAUUGGUUCUACAAUCGCAAAAGUGAAUUACUCUGCAACAGCGGUUAUCUCGUCUCGUUUCUCGGCUUUUCAAAAGCGGCUCUCGUUCCUCGCAUUGCCAUCAAUAACUAGAAUGCUGCCUUCGAGCUCCGUGGAUGUCACUGAGUGGAACAUUCCUGUUCAAAUUCGUCUAGCUGAUCCUACAUUCAACGUGCCCGGUCCCAUCGAUGCCAUCGUAGGAAAUGAAUGUUUUGCAGAUCUCCUACGUUAUGGCAAAAUCAGUCUCGGAAGCAAUCUUCCUAUACUCCAAAAAACAGUAUUUGGGUGGAUCGUUUCGGGCAAAUGCACAGAAGUGCUUCAACGUGUGCCUCAUCAUCCGUUUCAUUUAAGUCGUCUCGAUAACCUAGAUUUCUUAGUACGGAAAAUGUGGGAAUUAGAAUCCUGUUCUUCUAAUGACAACUGGUCUCCGAUGGAACGUGAGUGUGAACGCCACUUCCAGGAACACAUUUCACGCAAUUCUCAUGGCAGGUAUGUCGUGAAAUUACCGAAGAAAAUCGAAUUGAUCUCACAGAUUCGAGACAAUCGAAUCACCGCUCAACGCCGUUUUUUAUCGAUAGAACGCAAGUUCGAAUCGAAUGAGGAACUUAAACGUCAAUAUCAUGAUUUCAUUGAAGAAUAUAUAGCGAUGGGACAUAUGAGAGAGGUGUCAUCCACGGAAAUAAUACAAUCACCACAAUAUUUCUUGCCGCAUCACGCAAUUUUGCGGCCCGAAAGUUCUACAACAAAAUUACGCGUCGUUUUUGACGCGUCAUCAAAAUCCCAAUCCGGAAUCUCGCUGAAUGGCGUGCUUCUAAGUGGUCCGACAAUCCAGGAUUCGCUGAUUUCCAUAAUUAUGCGUUAUCGUAUGCACGCGUUCGUAGUUAGCGCUGAUAUUGCCAAGAUGUACAGACAGAUAUUGGUUCAUCCGACGGAUCAACCGUUGCAGAGAAUUUAUUGGCGUGACACACGAGAUUCUCCGCUCCGAAUUUACCAACUUCAAACUCUCACUUAUGGGACAAAUAGCGCCUCAUUUCUCGCCACGAGAGUCCUACAGCAACUUUCACAUGAUGAAGGGGCAAAGUUUCCCCUUGCUGUUCCCGUACUCCAGAAAGAUUUUUAUAUGGACGACAUGCUCACCGGCUCCCACGAUAUCAGUAAAUUGAAAGAAAUCUGCACCCAAGUAGUUGGCGUUCUUGAAACAGCGGAACUUCCGCUUCGGAAAUUCUCAUCGAAUUCUCAGGAAAUAUUGAACAUGUUUCCCGAUCAACUUAAAGAAACUAAAACUCUAUUAGAAUUCGAUACACAUUCUCAAAUAAAAACUUUGGGACUUCUUUGGGAACCGCACACUGACGUGAUCAAAUAUAAAGUGCCAAGGUGGGCUCCAAUUCAAUCGUACACGAAACGAUCUAUUUUGUCUCAAAUGUCCAGCUUACUUGACCCACUUGGUAUGCUCGGUCCAGUAAUUGUCAAGGCUAAGAUGUUCAUCCAAAUGUUAUGGAAAGAAGAGUUCUCUUGGGAUCAGCCUCUGCCCAAUGUUUAUUGUGAAAUUUGGAAAGAGUAUCAAUUACAAAUGCCAGAAUUGAAUAAAAUUUGUAUACCACGCUUCGUCCUCCCGUUUGAAAAGACCAAAAUUGUCGAACUGCAUGGUUUCUGCGAUGCAUCGGAGCAAGCAUACGGUGCUUGUUUGUACAUCCGUUCCCUUGAUUCGAAUGGGAUCGGAACAGUUCGCCUACUUGCAGCAAAGUCACGAAUAGCACCACUGGAAGUAAAAUCUAUCCCUCGGCUCGAGCUUUGCGCCGCACUUCUCCUCGUACAACUUUUGCAAACAGUAACGAGCAGUAUCGGUCAUAAGGAAGGUAAAAUAUUCUUGUGGACAGACUCAACCGUCGCCCUAUAUUGGAUCGCCGGCACUCCAUCGACGUGGAAAACUUUUGUGGCGAAUAGGGUGGCCGAAAUCCAGCGGCUUGCGAUAAAUGCUAUUUGGAGACACGUGCCAAGUCUCGAAAAUCCCGCGGACCUCAUCUCGAGAGGUGUCAAUGCAUCGUCUCUCGUCAAUAACUUAUUGUGGAGGAAUGGCCCCGAUUGGCUGGCGUCAACGGAUCAGCCGUGGCCUGAUAACAUCACACUAUCCUCUUGCCAUACGUUGUCGGAAGAAUGUGUCGAAAUCCGUAAAACCGCUUUACACAUUACAACUACGAGCUGUGAUAUCUUCGAACGUUAUUCCUCCUACACGAAACUACUACGUGUAGCAUCUCUCUGUCGACGUUUCGCUAAAAAUUCAACUCCAGGUUGUACACCUCGGUUUGGCCCAAUAUCGUCCACAGAAGUUCACCAAACAUUGCUGGCGCUCGUGCGAAUAGUGCAACAGGAGCACUUCGCUGUCGAAAUAGAUAGACUUGCGAAAGCAAAGCAAAUUCCUCGUUCAUCUCGCCUCCGCUUUCUCAAUCCGGAGCUCAGGGAUGGUCUCAUACGAGUCGGUGGCCGGCUAAAAUAUGCGGCGGUUCCAGAAAAUCGGUUCCCGGAAUAA